AUGGAGGCUGAAAUACAGGCACAAAUUCCCGGUAUCGACCAUGUGAUCUCCGAAUAUUCCGUGGCAAGUAUCCUGGAUCAGAUUGGCUAUCUUGCUCAUGCUUCUAAAGCCUACGUUGAAGAUGCCAAUGAACCGUCGCCGCUGUCCGAAGCUGCCGAUAUGGUCACGGCGCUUCUGAUUUCUGCCUCGGGAGACUUCUCCCCUGAGAACGAAACGGCCAUUAGGAAUCUCGUGGAAAAGUUCAUCGCUUCUCUUAGCGCGUCUGAUGGAGUGAACGCAGAGCGCAGACAGAUGCCUUUCACUGCUAAAAAGCUUGAUCAGGCGAUCAAUGUCGGCUCUCAGAAAAACAUCUCCUCAACUUUGGGUCUUGCGGGAGGCAACGUUGAUCUAGAGUCUGCGAAUGCCAGGAAAGUGGAGUCUCGUGUUGACCGCAAGAAGUUAGAGAAGGCAGAACGAAAAAUUCGUGCUAAGCAGGAAAAGAAGCAGAUGAAGACGGUGCAAUACGAAUCUUCCCGUCUUCUGAAUCAGCCUGAUAGCACCAUGUCCUACGAGGAAUUCUUCAUGGCUGUCAAUCCUCUUCAACUGGGCUCUGACUCUCAAUCAAAGAGUAAGGACAUCAAGAUUGACAGUAUCGACAUCUCUGUUGGCGGGCACCGUAUCUUGACCGACGCUUCAUUGGCUUUGGCUUAUGGCCGACGCUAUGGUCUCGUGGGUCAGAACGGUAUCGGAAAGAGUACUCUUCUGCGCGCGUUGAGUCGGCGUGAAGUGGCAAUCCCUAGCCAUAUCUCGAUUCUCCAUGUUGAACAAGAAAUUACGGGUGAUGAUACACCUGCUCUUCAAGCAGUUUUGGAUGCCGAUGUCUGGCGCAAGCGUCUAUUGGCCGACCUGGAGAAAAUCACUAAACAGCUCGCCGACAUCGAAGCAGAGAGAUCGUCGAUGGCGGACACUUCUAAGGAUGCUGCUAGACUUGACCACGAAAGGGAAGGUUUGGAUAUUACCUUGAAUGAUAUUCACGCAAAGCUUGCAGAAAUGGAAUCGGACAAGGCCGAGUCUCGCGCGGCUAGUAUCCUGGCCGGCCUUGGCUUUUCACCUGAGAGGCAGCAGUUUGCGACGAAAACAUUCUCGGGUGGUUGGCGGAUGAGAUUAGCCUUGGCUCGGGCACUUUUCUGCGAGCCUGAUCUGCUUUUGCUGGACGAGCCGUCCAACAUGUUGGAUGUGCCUUCGAUUACCUUCUUGUCCAACUAUCUACAGACCUAUCCUAGCACCAUCCUUGUGGUUUCUCACGAUCGUGCCUUCUUGAACGAAGUAGCCACGGAUAUCAUGCAUCAACAUUCUGAAAGACUCGACUACUACAAGGGGGCCAACUUUGAUUCUUUCUAUGCGACCAAGGAAGAGCGGAAGAAAAAUGCCAAGCGUGAAUAUGAGAAACAGAUGGCCGAACGCGCACAUCUGCAAGCAUUCAUCGAUAAGUUCCGGUACAACGCCGCCAAGUCGUCUGAGGCGCAAUCUAGGAUCAAGAAACUGGAAAGAAUGCCAAUCUUGGAAGCUCCAGAAAGUGAUUAUGUCGUUCACUUUAAGUUUCCCGACGUCGAGAAGCUUUCCCCUCCUAUUGUACAGAUGACGGAUGUGUCAUUUGGCUAUUUGAAAGACAAGCCGCUUCUUAAAAACAUUGACCUCGACGUGCAGCUUGAUUCACGUAUUGGCAUCGUUGGACCUAACGGUGCGGGUAAAACAACUGUGCUCAAGCUGUUAACAGCCCAACUUCAGCCGACGUCUGGUUUUAUAUCGCAACAUGCCAGGCUGCGCAUCGGAUAUUUCGCACAGCAUCAUGUGGAUGCCUUGGAUUUGACGACUAGUGCCGUGAGCUUCAUGGCAAAGACAUACCCAGGAAAGACAGACGAGGAAUACCGGCGACACCUCGGAGCUUUCGGUAUCACUGGAAUGACUGGUCUCCAACGCAUGGAGCUCUUGUCUGGAGGUCAAAAGUCUCGUGUCGCUUUCGCCUGCCUGUCUUUGACUAACCCGCACAUUCUGGUUCUGGACGAACCUUCUAAUCACCUGGAUAUCGAAGGUAUGGAUGCGCUGUCCGAGGCUCUGCAAAACUUUGAGGGUGGUGUAGUGAUGGUAUCUCAUGAUGUGACGAUGCUGCAAAAUGUCUGCACCAGCUUGUGGGUUUGCGACAAGGGCACGGUUCACAAGUUCGAUGGCACUGUGAAUGCUUAUAAGAAGUUGAUCAGUGCUCAAGCCAAUGAGGCCGGAGUAGCUGCUCCGCAUUAAGGUGAGGACCUAGGAUGAUUGAGCCCAGUGAGCUCUAUACGAAGGUACUUAUGCAAUUGGGUUACCAUGCGUGUGUGUAUCUAUGUCUCUAGAUGGCGGAACUUUCGAUCCAGUUGGUUUUGCUCAGCCCGUCUAUUUGUCUAUGAAAGUUCGUACAUACGUAUCACGUAGGUGGUAAUUUACAAAGGACUGCGUUGCUUGAGAGGAAUCAACAAC